GACGUGCAGCAAUCGAGCGAGCAGCUGAUUUCUAAACAUUUCUAUUGAGCUGGAAAAGAGACAGAGACAAAGGUGAGGAGCUCGGCUGAUGGAUGAGGAUGAGGAUGAUGUGCGCAGGAAGGGUCUACAGCACUGGCCUUCCUCCCGCGUUCAGAUAAAGCAGACCGAGACAGCAGGGAGACCCCCUCUAUCCCCCAGCGGCAUGCUGCCCUGCCGAGUGAAUGUGGAGCCCAGACGCUUUCUCUACGGUAACACAGGACUGCUGCUGCUAGCGCCGCCUAGCCGCUCUCGGCCUCCAGACGUGGUUCUCCGGCAGAACCUGCGCAUGAUGGAUCCGGCGGAGAGCGUGGAGACCCUCAUCGGGCAGAAGCUCCAGCUGAUCGGAGAUCAGUUCUAUCAGGAGCACAUGAUGCAUCACAGAAACCAAAGGAACCGGGAGCCGCUGUGGUGGCGCGUGGCGGUGGCGUUCUACACGCUUUUAUUUGGAAGAGAGCCCAACGCAAGAGCAAAUCGCAGGUGAAGCGCCUCUCAAACACUGCCAACCGUGUCCCAGUCCUCUUCACGGAGCGCGGCGUUUAACAGCACUGUCUGAAAUAACUAACACGGGUUUUGAGGGGAAAACCAGAGAAUGGAAUGAAGACGUUUCCGCAGGACGGGGGCGGUUUGUAUCCCCAUGAAGAUGCCAUGAUGUUCUUGAGAUUCAAACAGGAAUAUUUUCAUAAACAUGUCGAGGUAUUUUGUACAGGAUGCCGUUUAAUUUUCUUUGCACUUCCACACGUGUGUAUCCGGAUGAUCUCCGCGAGUCUUGGGAAUGCCUUACUGUCCCACGGCACCCAUCUACGGAUGAUUAGGAUGGGAUUUUCCUUCAUGAAUCUCCCAAGACGUCCAGCAACUUGACAAAUCUCCAAAGAGGCCGUUUCUCAAAACAAAAACCUUUUGCACCUCAUUUCGUCCAGUUUUCUUGAUGUUUUUACUUUUUUAUUACAUAAUUGUUGGAUUUUUUUUAUUGUUCUUCCUAUUUUUUGGUUUAAAUACUAGUCAGAAGGCAAGGAUGAUCUAGACGUCUUUGAAGAGGGUUUGAUGAAGUCAAUGAUGAGUUGAUGUACUGCUGUUAUUGAGUUGUCUUUACAUUUCAUUUGAUUUGAGUUUUGACGCAACAGCAUGAAAUAUUACUGGAUUGGCUGUUUAGUUUGCUCCAAUAUCAUUUAUGUAUGAUUUCGGGGAAGCAAAGGUAGAGGAAAACUGUUAUCAGGUCUUAAAAAUUCACCAGAUUUUGGAAAACAUUUGAAUAAAGCUUGCAAAAAUGUUGACUUUAAGUCUAACUCAGGUACUUAAAGCGACAGUUCACCCAAAAAUUAAAGUUCUGGCAUCAUUUACUCUGA